AGCCCCUUCCUUUAUCACAAUUGGAACUUGAACCAUCAUGGCUCUGCGUGUCGCGGCGGAGAAGGCAGCGGCGGCGUCUAAGGCCAGUCCGGCCGUGACGCUGUACCGCUACAUUACCAAACAGGUUCCGCGUGUGCUGACGCUGUAUGAUAUCCCGAUGGAGCCGGCCGAGGCGCGACUGGCCGUUCAGGCGCUAUUCCGCCAGCACGCGGACGUCAAGGACCCUCGAGUGGUGGAUAUGCUCAUCACCAAGGCCAAUAUGGAGCUGGAAGAGACGCUCAUGCAGUGGAAGCAGAAGGUUCACCUGGUCACGCUAUUGGACCACGCUCAGGCAUUGCGCCAACCGACACCGCUCGUCGACUCGGUUGACCAGGCGCUCGAGAAGUUUUACGCUGGUGUGGACGACGACGAGGACGAGCUGUAAGACAGAAAAACUGAAAAAAAAUACACGACGAGAGUGCACGGUCUGAAUGGUUGAGACCAUGAGCUUGUCGCUCCCUGGCUUUUGAUUUAAUGAAG